AAAAAGCAACUCGGAACAUCCACCACCAGCAGGCCUGCAUUGCAAGAAGUGAUAAAGGAGGGAAAUUCUUCAGGCUUAAAGAUUAUAGUACCAGAUGGAACUCUGGGUAUUUGGAAAGGGCUGGCAGGCUGUGAAGACCACAGAUAUUUUUCUGUUUACAAGAGGAGCCUGGUUCCCUCUGGACGAUGCGUGACUGGCCAACAGAAGAACUAACCAGAUGUUCAAAGUAAAAUAUCACUUUGAUAGUACUGCAUUACUUUUUAGAAACACAAUUUAAAACCACAAAUAAAAGUCAUUUGCAACAGGAAAUUCCUACAUGUGCUAAAAAUAAUAUUCUCCCUUCUUAGAGCACUUAAUUUUUAACCAAUAAUGGCUUAAACAUUGUCAAAAAAUGGUGCAACACUUUUGUUUCCAAUACAGCAUUUUAAUUUUAACCUGGUUAUUCUCAUAGUGUUGAAAUAUGUCUGUGGAAACCGUCCUUACAUUCAUGAGGACAUUAUUAUUCAUGAAUUCCUUUCUUCUUCACUAAUUUAGUGCUUUACAUGUUUUCCAAUCAGUAUUAUUGUGCUAUUAUUGUAAAUAAAAAAAACAUUUAUUCUAUCAUGAAACACUUAUUUCAAGUUCUGUGGAAGUUAGUACCAGAUUUUACAUUAUUCAACUGCAAAUGAGUGGCAUCCCUCACCCUGCACCCCACCCGGUGUCACUGUACUAGCAAUGUCAUCAGCACAUGACACACACUCUUGAUCAAGACCUUCAGGGCAGUUUCAUCCACAUUGUACCUGACACUACUCAGCUGCAGACAUGGACAACCAAGGCGUGACUUAUGCGGAACUCCAUCAUGCUAAGGGCUCAAAAAGACAGCAAGUGAAACCUAAGGGCAUGAAGAGUUCCAUUUCAGUAACUGAGGAGGAGAUAACCUAUGCAGAAUUGAAUCUUCAAAAUGCUUCUCGGGACCUUCAAGGGAAUGGCAAGAAUUCUCCCUGCAAAGAGAAGCUCAUUGCUGGUAUCUUGGGAAUCCUCUGCCUUGUCUUGAUGUCCACUGUGGUAACAAUAGCUGUUAUCCCCUCUACUGAAGGACCAGAGCAGAACAAAACAUCCCUGGAAACAAGGAUCCACAAAGCGUGUCUCUGUUGUCAUUGUCCGAAAGAGUGGGUUACGUAUUCCAACAAUUGCUAUUACAUUAGCGCUGAGGGAAAAUCAUGGAACGAGAGUUUGAUGUCUUGUGCUUCUAAGAACUCUAACCUGCUCUACUAUGAUGAUGAAGAGGACGAGUUUUUGUCGAAAUUACACUCUUAUACUAUAUGGAUUAGAGGCUCCCAGAGAAGCCAUCAUAGUUCUUCUGUGCAGCCAAAAGCCUUAACAUUUUCUUCCAAAGUGUUGUCAGUAUCUUCAGAGAGUGACAAGAAAUGUCCAUAUUUCUCUUUUCAUUUUAAAACAUUUGGUUUUGCACGCUGCUUUGGAAUAAGACUGUAUGUUUGUAAGCACCAGGCAUUUUAGUUGCUUCAUUUUGGCAUAAUGCUAUUUCAUCAUUUAUAAAGAAUACAUCUCUCAUUACUUCAAAAACCAUCCAAUCAUUUUCUCUGCAUAUUUUUAAGAGAUGGUUUUUAGUGUAAUUUUAGGUUCACAACAAGAUUAAGAGGAAGGUACAGAGAUUUCCUAUAUUGUCCUUGUCUGCACACAUCCAUGGACUCUCCCAUUAUCACCAUCACUCACUAGAAGGUUUCAUUUCUUACCAAGGAUGAGUCUUCAUUGGGGCGCCUGGGUGGCACAGUCGGUUAAGCGUCCAACUUCGUCUCAGGUCAUGAUCUCACGGUUUGUGGGUUUGAGGCCCGCGUUAGGUUCUGUGCUGACAGCUCGGAACCUGGAGCCUGCUGCGGAUUCUGUGUCUCCCUCUCUCUGCCCCCUCCCCCAAUCAGGCUCU